UGCAGAUAUCCACGUCAUAUCAUAUCCGGCGAAAGUCGGAUAGAAUGCACUUCGAUAAUUCCGCAGCUUUCAAGAACGAAACAAUCAGUGCCGUAGACCAGAGCAAAAAAAAAAAAAAAAAAAUCCAAAGCAAAAAAAAAAAAAAAAGUGCCGUAGGCCCGUAGCUUGGUAGCCGCUCGGUGUUGCCCGUUGAGCUCGUUUACUCGCUGGACCGCGAUAAGGUCCCGGAACCCUUUCUUCCUCCUCCUCCCCUUCGGAUCUCUCCUGUCUCUCGUUCCUUCGCUUGCGGCGUCUCCUCAAGAGUCAAGUCCUCCGCUGUCACUCCUCCGUCAGCGACGAUGAGCCGAAGACAUCGCAGACUCCUCCUCCGCACGCUCCUCUUCCUCUUCGCCCUCAACUCCGUCUCCCUCGCCCUCUACUUCCUCUUCCAUCCCCGCCCCUCCUCUUCUCCCGAAACCCUAACCCUAACCCCUCCCUCCUUCCCCUCCCUCAAGACCUGGCCCUCCCUCCCUUCCUUCCUCCCCUGGUCCUUCUCCCCCCCGCCGCCGGCCCGCUCCUGUGAGGCCUACUUUGGCCACGGCUUCUCCCGCCGGAUCGACGUCCUCCGCUCCUCCUCCUCCUCCACCGGCGGUGGGGGGUGGUUCCGGUGCUACCACAGCGAGACUCUCGCGAGCUCCAUCUGCGAGGGGGGCAGGAUAAGGAUGGACCCGGGGAGGAUCUCGAUGUCGGACGGUGGGGAGGCGCUGGAGACGGUGAUGGGGCGCGGGGAGGAGCAGGAGCUCCCCAGGUACGAGCCUGGGGCGUUCGAGAUCGAGGCCGGGGAGGAAGGGAUUGGGCGCGCCGAUCGGAGGGUCGUGGAUGAGGAGUUUCUUGAUCGGUAUGUACCGCAGGGGGGGAUUGAGCUCCAUACCAUGCGGGCUCUCAUCGAUUCGAUGCGGCUGGUCAACCCCAGGGAGCUCGAAUGCACUCAGUGGGUUGAUGAGCCAACUGUUCUGGUGACACGUUUUGAAUAUGCAAACCUUUUCCACACGGUUACUGACUGGUAUAGUGCAUAUGUUAGUUCUAGAGUUACCAACUUGCCUAAUCGGCCUAAUGUGGUUUUUGUGGACGGCCAUUGCAAGGCUCAGCUGGAAGAAACUUGGGAGGCACUCUUUUCUAGUAUAAGAUAUGCUAAAAACUUUUCUGGUCCAGUUUGUUUUCGUCAUGCAAUUCUGUCACCCUUGGGGUAUGAGACAGCUAUGUUUAAAGGGCUGACUGAAAGUAUAACCUGUCAAGGCGCACCUGCACACAUCCUUCGGGAAAACCCUGAUAUUCGGAAAACUGCCCGGCUAUCAGAAUUUGGAGAGAUGCUCAGAGCAGCUUUCGGUCUCCUAGGAGAUGGAAACUUGCCAACAAAGCCCUUGGCAGGCCAUAAUAUCCUUUUUGUGCGUCGUGAAGAUUAUUUAGCCCACCCACGUCAUAGUGGAAAAGUGCAGUCUCGACUAACCAAUGAGCAGGAGGUUUUUGAUGCAAUUAAGAAUUGGGCAGAUGAUCAUAGGAAAUGCAAAAUAAAUGUUGUCAAUGGUAUUUUUGCGCACAUGUGUCUGAAAGAGCAACUCCGUGCCAUUCAAGAGGCGUCAGUUGUUGUAGGGGCUCAUGGAGCUGGUCUCACUCACUUGGUUGCAGCAACGCCUGACACCAUAGUGCUCGAGAUCAUCAGCAGCCUAUACAGGCGCCCGCAUUUUGCCUUGAUCUCGGAGUGGAAAGGGUUAGAAUAUCAUGCCAUCAAUCUCCCUGGAUCAUCUGCUGAGCCUGCCGCAGUCAUCAACAAGCUUAGCCGCAUAAUGGGAAGCCUUGGAUGCUGAAAGAUUCAUUGAGGUUGUGAUCAUCCUCUCGACAAUCGACAGCAGCUUAAUUUUAGACUCAGUCAAACUGCUACAGUGCCAUUUCUCCCAGCUACCGGGAACAAAACCUUAAAAAGGAACUUCUAGGUUUUUUCAGUGCACCCUUGUUCCGUAGGAUUGGCAACAUAUUGUUGGAUGCUGAUAUGCCCAACAUUUUCAUAACCAGAAUAUUGGCCCAGUGAAGGAAGCUUGGUGAUUUCCGGCAUAUACACUGCCAAGAGGCCAUUGCAUAUAUGAUAUUGCGGACAUCUUCAAGUGAGUGAUUCUUUCUUGCAUUUACAUUCUAUUCAAUGAAUAUGCUUCUGAUGCUCACUCUCAGCGUGCAGUCAAAAUGCUUCUGAAAAAAGCGUACAAUUGUUGAUAAAUUUUGUGCCAGUUUGGUUCAUGUUAUAGUUUUGAAUUAAAGUGGAAGGCUGGUUGAAUUUUGACCUUAUUUGUCAUUCUUAGUAUAUUUGACAUUGCAGAUGGAACUUUUUUUCUUU